AUGUACAAGCACAUUGAGUACCGGUUAUGUGCAUGCCUACAACGAUCUGGAGGCCAGUAUGAUCAUUUUGACAUUAUGGAGCAGAUUGAGAUGGGUCAGAUGGCCUCUAUGUUCUUUAAUAAAGUUGGGGUCAAUAUGUUUUACAUCUGCAUUAUUGUCUAUCUGUAUGGAGACCUGGCCAUUUAUGCAGCUGCUGUGCCUAUAUCGCUAAUGGAGGUUGCAUGGGGAAAUCACUCCUGCAGUGCUGGACGAGGGAAGUACAACGACACAGACCCAUGUUGGGGCUCUGUCUCGAGAAAUAAUGCAUAUAGGGUCUUUCUGAGUAUUUUCACUCUUCUUUUGGGGCCUUUCACCUUCUUCAAUGCUCAGAAGACCAAAUAUCUUCAGAUCCUCACCUCACUCCUGCGCUGGAUUGGUUACUGCUCUCAGAUCCACUGA